AAAGAGAGGCGUGGGAAGCCGCGCGCUCUCGCCUCUUCUUUCUCCAAAGCGGGUGGUUUGCUUGUUUUUAUUUUCCUCUUGAGUUCUGUAGAACUUCCGGUAUCCAGUCGCAUACCGUCGGGCUCCCGCCUUUAAUGUGCGGGGGCGAGAACGAAGGGGAUGCGCAAACGCCUGUAAAAAUCAAAGCGACGCUGCUCCUUAUCGGGAGCAGGGAGUUGGGGAACGAGAGUCGUUCCGCUUCUAAACACUCCCGCCCCUCAGGAGGAGGGUUCCAUUGGGAACCAGAAGUGCGUUGCGCGGCCGGCUUUCCGUAAAGGUGCGCAGAAGUUCCCUCUUUGGGUUCCUCCAGCAAGUUCGGUGUCCGCUCGGCCUUCGGAGAGAGAAGCUGCGGCGGCAGAAGGGAUGGCGGCGGCAGGGGCUCUGUCUUCGCUCAGGCGCUGCGGGAAGCUGAGAUGGAAUAUGCCUCCAUUCAUAAACUCUUGCAUGAGGCAACCCAGUUUCUUUAAAUCUUCCAAAUCUGAGGCUUUACCAAACCUAACCAGUGAGGGAGUAACUUGUGCUCCGCUUCAGACAUUUACAGAGGAGGAGAUCAUGAUCAAAGAAAUGGUGAAAAAGUUUGCUCAUGAGCGAGUGCUACCAUUAGUACAGAAAAUGGAUGCUGAUGCAAAAAUGGACGAUUCUGUUGUACAAGGGCUAUUUGAACAAGGGUUGAUGGGUAUUGAUCUUGACCCCAAAUAUGGAGGAACUGGGUUUUCCUUUUUUUCCACUAUUCUGGUGGUUGAGGAGUUGGCCAAGGUUGAUCCAUCAGUAUCGCUUAUGUGUGAACUCCAGAAUACCUUAACCAAUAAAUUGUUUACGACGUAUGGCACAGAAGAACAAAAGCAAACCUAUUUGCCUAGACUGGCAAAAGACAUGAUGGGCAGCUUCUGCCUCUCAGAGCCUGGUUCUGGCAGCGAUGCGUUUUCCUUGAAGACUCGUGCUGAAAAGAAGGGGGACUACUAUAUCAUCAGUGGGUCAAAGAUGUGGAUUAGCUUUGCUGAGCAUGCAGGAGUGUUUUUGGUGAUGGCAAACGCCAACCCUUCUGCAGGCUAUAAAGGAAUUACCUGUUUCAUAGUAGACCGUAAUACAGAGGGCCUACAUGUAGGAAAGAAGGAGGAUAAACUGGGAAUCAGAGCCACAUCUACAUGUCCUGUAACAUUUGAAAAUGUGAAGGUUCCUGUGACCAACGUGCUUGGGCAGGUUGGGCAGGGCUAUAAGUAUGCCAUUGGAAUGCUCAAUACGGGAAGAAUAGGAAUAGCUGCACAGAUGUUGGGAUUAGCACAAGGAUGUUUUGACCACACCAUCCCAUAUACAAAGGAGAGGUCCCAAUUUGGAAAAAGCACAUUUGAUUUUCAGGGAAUGCAACAUCAGAUUGCGCAAGUGGCUGUACAGAUAGAAGCUGCAAGAUUGUUAACCUACAAUGCAGCUCGACUUGCAGAAAGCGGAAGGCCAUUCAUAAAAGAGUCCAGCAUGGCCAAGUAUUAUGCAGCAGAGGUUGCUACUCUAACAACAAGUAAAUGUAUUGAAUGGAUGGGCGGAGUUGGCUUCACAAAAGAUUAUCCUAUUGAGAAAUAUUACAGGGAUUGCAAGAUUGGUACCAUAUAUGAAGGAACUUCAAAUAUCCAACUGAACACAAUCGCAAAAUGCAUUGCUCAAGAAUACUGAAAAUCAAGAGAUUUAAUUACCGCUACAGUACUGGUGUGAAUCACGGGCUACUUCUUCAUGUCCAAUUUCUAAGACAAAAUAAGAAAAAUUGUGGUAAUUUUAAAUAUGUACAAGACUGCAGCAUAAGUGACUAGACUGUUACACUUCAGUAAUGUACCAUAAUAACUAAUUUUCCCAACUAUAAUGAUACAGGGCGUUAAAAUCAACCUUCUUUUGUAUCUACACGUUGGGGUUUGUAGAACUGAUAACUUCAGUUGAUUCUGGGCUAUCAAGGCUUCUCUGCUUUACCAUGUGGGCUCUUUGAACUUUUGCACCUGCUUAUCAAGAUCCAACACACCAAUAUACAAACUGUGAAAAAGAACUAAGUAUCCAAGAAAUCUCUGAAAUUCUAUUCACACAAGUGUGAUGGCCCUGAUCACAUGAGAGCUGUAAUGAAGUUACACUAAAAAAAAUACCCUACAACCCAUACAUGUUGGUGAACUACACAAGUAUCAGUGGUCGGUGCUUGAAAACAUGGCCCAAACAGGAUAAUAAUGGACAAAAUAACCCACCUCUUUGAUUGAUUUGCAACGCUGUACUUGGGGAGUUGGAACAGACUUGUCCUAUGGUUGUUAAGAUGGAGAUGAAGGAACUGAUUAAUACAGGGCCUUUUCUAUAGGAUGGUUAAAAGUUAGUACUUCAUGCUUUAUUCUGGGCAUCCUGUAAAAAUGCAUGCAGGCCUCAGAGACAGGAAUAAGUAAGACAUUUGCUUUUGAAUAGUCCUGUUAAUCUUGGCUAUUGCAAUGUGUCCAGGAGUAUGUUCACUUGAAGGUAUUUUACAUAGAACUGCUUCACUGGAACAUAAAAAGGUAAGAUAAGAGAUUCUGGUGUCUGUGGCACUACAGUAUCAUGAAAUAUUGUGCAGGGUUGCAAGUGAUUAAGUGAGAAAGUGGUGCUGGUUCCACUGAAGCCAAUGGGGUUUUUAUCAGCUUCCUUUAAACUCCUUUUUCUUUGUUGGCUUUUAGACUGCAAUUUUUAAUUUUUGUGCCAAAGUCACAUACAUGUAAAGUGUGAUCACCUUGUUUCCACACCUCAUUGGGUGAAACUGUUGCAGACAAGAGUACCCAACCAAGGUGAUCUUGCAUUCUUUUUAUCUGUGCCGUAUUUGAAACUUGAAUACAGUGGUACCUCGGUUUAAGAACAGUCCGGUUUAAGAACGAUUCGGUUUACAAACUCCGCAGAUCUGGAAUGUCCCGGUUUGAGAAGUUUACCUCGGUCUAAGAAUGGAAUCCAAACGGUGGAAGGGCACUGGCGGCGGGAAGCCUCAUUAGGGAAAGCACGCCUCGGUUUAAGAACAGUUUCGGUUUAAGAACGGACUUCCAGAACGGAUUAAGUUUGUAAACCGAGGUACCACUGUACACACACACACUUCUUUCCAUUCUAUUAGUGGAAGAAAAUGCCCAUUUGAAAAGCACCCUCAUAAUAAAUAUUGCUGUUACUAAUAUUAGUUCAUCCAUCAGAUCGGGUUGGGGGCAAGCAUUUGAUUGUGUAUGUGGGGAAGAAACAUUGCUGAGUCCAAGCGGCGGAGCGCAGCUUGAGCUGCAAAAAUGCUGAGGCUAAAUUGUAGAUCAUGCAUGGGGACGUUAAGGCAACUGCAUUUCCUUGUAUGCUCAGAUCUUAUGAUACUGCUGGGUUUAAUCAGAAGUAGUGCUGGAACAGAAUAAGCAGUGUUCUGAAGUGAGCGAAUGACUGGGGGAGGGAGGGGGAGGAAGCCUAGUUUGUUUGUUAGGUAAUGCACACAUUUUGGAAGAAGCACAACACAUUAAAAGGCAACCCCCCCCACCAAAAAGGGAAGAAACCAGGAAUCCAGCAGGCACAUGUUGAAUUUCUGCCAUCUUAAAAGAGGCAUAUCCUCUGUGUGACAGAAGAUGUGAUCUCUCUUCAAUGAUUCAUUUAUUUCCCACCUUUCUUUUCUUAUGGAACCCAAGGCAGAGUCCAUGUGGUUUCCAGGCCACCAGCCAGGCCCAGACCUACUUGGCUGCAACAAGGUGGUGGCCUCAUGUGCCUUCACUCCGCAGCCUGGGAGUGCUGCCUGUAUUCUUUUUUAAAUGAAUGCUUGUAUUAAAAAAAAUAAUUGCAAAGAUCUGCAAGUUUAAUAGAGCCAUCUUUUAAAUUUAUUAAAAUGUUUCAGAUGGAGUAAUCUGAUUGACAAAACAUUGCAGCCCCAGUAAUAAGUGGUAGCAUUACUCUUUAAGCUGGCAGUAAUUGGCUAUAACAUUUCUAUGACAAGGUCCCCACUGUGCCUUCAAUCAAUCUAGCUGUAUUAAAAAAUAUGGAAAGCUUGUCUUUGUUACAUUUGAGCUACCUUUGUGGGUUAAGAAUAAGUAUAGACACAUAGUCCAGUUAUACAAUGUACAAAGCUGCUCAUGAAAACUGUCCAGCUACUUGAUUCAAUAUACUUUGCUAUAUACCUGUUACAGGACCUGCAUUCGCCUCUUUCUUUUCUUGAGGGGCUCUGGGUCUUUUAACAUCUGCAUGCCAGUCAGAGAUUCAGCAGGCACAACUUUCUUCAUAACAACUCAUGCCUGGGAAAGCUUUCUUUAAAUUCUAGCUAGGAGGCAGCUUUUAAAAAGCAGAAAUCCACUUUCAGCAGGGGGGAAUGUUACAACCCUAACUUGAAAUGGCUUUUGCAUUAAGCAUCUAGCAUACAAGUUUUUAUUACUUUGAACUGUGUGUUUAUUAUAUCUGCUUUGGGCUGUGUGCAGCUGAUCGGAAUCCGAUUCCUUCUAAACCAAACAUUAAGGAAAAUCCUUGGUGAGUAUUUCAAGUUAAAGGUACAGUUUGUAUAAAGAGCACCUAACGUGAAGUAUUUUUGUACAGCACGCUUACUGCGUGCAUUGUUACAAAUAUUUUUGUAUGUCUUCUACCAUGAUUGUACGCCCCACAAAGUGGCUAUAAAAGUGAUUAAAUGCAAAUGCAUCUACUAAGUGAAAGUGGAAUAAAACUGUAAAGUAA